AUGGUGUUCGAGGAGGUGGAUGUCGAUGCUUUGGCGGACUUUCUGGAAGGAGGAAAUGUCAUGCAAUGUUCUACAUCUACUAGUAGUCCUGUUCCGAAUUCCACAUGUUCUACUAGGGCCACAGACCAUGAACGACAAUCCACCGCCGCCACUGUAACGACAACCACAACGACAUCAGAACAACUGGUGGUAGCUACGUUGGUUCCGCAGGAAUCCUCCUCUACAGAAGAAGAUGAUGAAGAUGACACCAUACAAGUUGUACAUGUAUCAACUCCAGCAACCAUCAAUACGGGCACGACGGUGUAUCUGGAAGCCAAGCCGUUGACAGUUCGUCACUCGUUGGAAGUGUUUCUGUGCAGCCGCAAGGGUCGUUGGUUUGUCGCUGGAUUUCUAUUGCUCAUUGUCGUGGUAGUGGGAGGAAUCACUCUGGUAUUUCUACGCCAUCACGACAAUCAGCAUCAAAGCCAUCAUUCCAACGACGACGACGACAACAACAACAAUAGUAGCACAGAAAUAGAAAUACAAGAAACUCCAGAACUACGAGGAGACGCCGAAACCAGUCCUUCUGUCAUUCUUCCCAUCGAUAUAGCCACCAUCAACAUCACCACCACCAACAUCACCAACAUCACAAGUAACAGUACAACACCCACCACACCCCUACUAGCAACUGUCACUCCUAGUCCCACCAAUCCACCCACCACGGAACUCGAAGGAUACGUCCGAUCUCUCUUGUACAUUCCAGCCACACAAAUGGCUCUCCGCAAUGCAUCUUCUCCACAAUCCAAAGCACUCCAGUGGUUGCUACAAGACAUUGAAUACAGGCAUGACGACUCCAACAACAACAGCACACUACAGUUACUCCCCUACUCGGAACAACGAGCCCGACAACGAUUCGCAUUGGCCACACUCUUUUACGCCACACGCGGUGUGGGAUGGCAGUUUCAACAACAUUGGCUGCGACAACAUGACAGUAUUCACGAAUGUCAAUGGUACACAUCAUUGUCCCACGAGACAACAACAGUCAGUCCUUGUGACGACCAGGACCAGUUUGUACGAUUGGUAUUGAUUGGAAACAUUCUCCAAGGAACCAUUCCUCCCGAUCUGGGGUAUCUCACGUCGCUGGUAGAAUUGCGAUUGCAAGGAGACAACUUUUUCAAUCGAGACUACCAAUUCCUUCAAGGCACCAUCCCACAUGAGUUAGGAGAACGACUGACGCAAUUGCAAUUCCUCGAUCUCUCCAAAAAUGGAUUGACGGGAUCCAUUCCACACACACUGGCGCACUUGACACAACUCGAGGUACUCCUCUUGUUGGAGAAUCAACUCUCGGGGACCAUUCCAUUGGCGCUCUUGUCAUGUCAUUAUAAUGACAACAACAAUACACUAGUAGAGUUGGAGAAGUGUCCCAUGCAAAAAUUGCAAGAAAUUCGACUCUACUCCAAUCUACUCACAGGAACAUUGCCCGCCACCGAAUGGACACGAUCACUCACGGUACUCGAUUGGUCCAACAAUCUGUUCACAGGGACCCUCCCUACGGAAUUGGCCGCGCUCCCUGCGCUCAGAGUAUUGGAUUUGCAAAAUUGUCUCUUCACUGGAGUCCUACCCACAACAUUGGGAACCUUUGCACAAUCACAAUUGGAAUUCCUCAAACUCAAUGACAAUCGAUUCACGGGAGUCAUUCCCAGUGAAUUGGGACAAGUGUCUUCGUUAAAGUGGCUGCUGUUGAAACAGAAUCAUCUCGUGGGGACGAUUCCAACCGAACUCGGAGGAUUGAUGGGUGUGGCGUGGCUCCUCUUGAAUCAUAAUCGUCUUUCGGGCACCAUCCCCACCGAGUUUGGACAAUUGAACAGUGUACGCUUCUUGCGACUGCAUGAAAACGAUUUGACAGGACAAGUACCACAAGAUGUAUGCACGCUACAAGCCAACAAUUGGUGGUUCUUCUUGAUACAGGUCGAUUGCGACGAGGUGGCAUGUGAUUGUCGAUUGUGUCUUUGCGAGUUCAACCCGAUUGGAGGAUUAUGA